UAUUAGCUAUCAGUGUAAAUUGAUAGAUGUCCAUAAGUUUCAAGUUUGUAUUUUACUUCAUUUAAGUAUUUGCGCUUUUUGUUUACAAGAAUUUUCGAAAUAUAGCUGUGUUAUGUUAUUUAUAUGCAUGUAGAAGGAUAGACAUAACAUUUUAAUAAUUAUGAUAUAUAGACAUAAGUUGGAAAAUCUAUACAAAAACAAGUAUGGAAGUAAAUGGAUUCUAUACAUGUAUUGCUAAAUUACUGCUUUCGAAGAGUUAUGUUAUAAACCGUCCGACAAUAUCGUAAACCUCAUUCGCUUUCUCUUACGGAAACAAUAUUUACAAUGGCGCCAAAAGUUCUUAUGGUAAGAAGGAUUGUUUUUAUAUUGGUACUGUGCACCUUGUUUUCCGUUCCGCUUCGAAUGUUAUUGAGUGAAAAUAGUGCUCAAACUGAGUUGGACGGACUUAAUUAUCAACAAAAGAACAUAAAAAGGGGUGUCUCCACAGAUUCUAAAGGACAACUUCUUCACAAACAGUCAAAUUCAAUGAAGCAAAGAACAAAGUGUUCAGCACAUUUACUGUAUAACAAAAUUUUCCAGCAAGAAAAUUUAGUACACAAGGACUUAAAAUUGGAACAAAAUAUCGAAAAAUAUUGUGGAGCAAGAGAAAAUGUUUACAGAAUCUUGGAUAUGGACCCUAUACGAUUUGACCCAGCCUUUAAGAAUCCCUGCUGGAUAGGGACAAAUGAUAACGGACCUGUUGCAGACGAUCAAAUACAUUGUCUUCCAUACUUUUAUAUUUUAGGAGUGAAAAAGUGCGGAACUACUGACAUUUUUUCAAGACUAAACCUCCAUCCAUUGUUCAAAAAAGCAGGAGUGAAAGAGCAUCAGUGGUUUCCAAGGUUACGGUUUGGCCGUGCAGUUGGUAAUCCAGUCAGCAACGAAUACAUAAAAGGUCUUAUUAGAGAUGGUCCCGAUGUACAGAGUGUCAAUUUCUACAUCGCUAUGUUUGAUCCGGUGUCACGGUAUAUUCAGUCGAAUCCAGGUCGGGUCAAGACUGGAAAUGGAAAAAAGGUCAAAGAAUGGAGUGGACAGAAAUACCACAUUAUUACAGGUGACGCAACAACAAACACAAUGUUCGAGAAUCCAAGAUGGCGGUCAUGGCCCGGAAAUGAAGGUCUUUCAGAGCCGCAUUAUACAAACUUACACUACAUCAAGCAUUUAACCCCGGCCGCAAAAAUUAUCAUAUUUUUUCGCGACCCAGUUAAACGAUUAUAUUCGGACUUCCUAUAUACAAUGAGGUACAAGUUUGAGAAAUUGAUAUCACCGCAGUUAUUCCAUAAGCAGGUCCUGCAUACAAUAGCAGCAUAUAAGGACUGCUUCAAAGAUCAUAGUUUGCGGCACUGUUUUUACAACGAGACAAUAAAAGAAAACAUGAAACAGGAAGGAAUACAGUUUGGCGAAGCGUUUCACGGCGGUUUCUACGCAUUCUUAAUGAGAGAAAUAUAUUCUGUAUUUGACAAACAAAAUGUGUUACCUCUAGUGAUGUUUGACAAGGAAUACAGUACCGCAAAAACUAUGAAGAGGGUGUUUCUAUUUUUAGAAAUAGGAAUACCUGACAAGGAGGUGAUGACGAUGAUGCUGCGGAACCACUCGUACAAUAACACAACAAAAAAGAAACGAAAAUAUGGUUCAAUGUUGAACGAGACAAAACGUGUACUACAGGAGUUUUAUCGACCCUACAACCAAGAAAUGGCUGAAGCUAUGAAAGAUGACAGAUAUCUGUUUGACUAUUGACAGUAUUCACCCUCAAAAUCAUUGUAUAAUUGUGCUGUCCAGUGUCAAUAAACGUAAGCAAAUGUGACAAGAGAAAUUUCUCUUAGAAGGUGCAUGACCCGUACUUUUCUCUUCAUUUUAUGUCAGUUUUAUCAUAACACUUUAAAAUAAGGGAAGGAUUUGUUCUCUAAAAUUGGUCUGACUAUAUUUGGUAGCUCUUUAUUAAGGUAUUGACUAAUCUAUGCUAAUAAGAAGUGCAAUUACCAGCUUAAUUAGGUAAUUGCAUGCAUUAAUUCCCUUUUAUUUCAACAAACGUUUCGAUUCGUUACAAUCAUGUUAGAUAUAAUUAGUUUGUUUAAAUUACACAUUAUUUGUUCGAGCAAUUUCAUGUUAUACUAUGUUUUAAAUAGAAGGGAUUUGUAUGAUAUAAGUGAAAACUAUUUUUUUCCUCAACCUGUUAUGAUGCUAAUUUUAGACAGACCUGCCUGACUGUUAUUGAAAGCUUAAAUCGAUACUUUAAUUGAAUUAACCUUGGUCAGCAACUCUGACUCAACGUCAAGUUUGCUUUUUUGUCACAAGCCGAGGUUUCAGACAGUCAACUUCUGUCAUCCCCAGGGUCCAAAGUGGAUCCCUGUCAUUAAAUAGUAUUACUUUGUUUUCAUUAUAUAACGUUGAAGGAAAGCCUGAAUCUGUCAUAUUCUGAUUACGGUAAGAAAAUCUCAUACAAUAUGGUAUAAAGGCGGCUAUUUUCAGUCACAACCUGUUGGUUCCAUAGAGGAUCUCCAUCUUUACAUACUCUUGAGAUCUUUAUCUAAUUGACGACAGGAUUCAUGAUUUUACUUGUCACAUUUAAGUUAAGGAUGAUGUUCUCUAACUAAAACUUGGCGGUUUAUUAUUGUUAAGGGAUUUGCAAAUGAAUUUGGAAACCGUAA